UGAUGUACCCUCAAUGUUUACUGACUGUAUCUUGAAUUCACCCACCGUAUACCCUGCAUUGGGGACAUGACAGACUGUGUAUAUGUAUAUGCUGCCUAACACCAAAAUGCUAACAUCCAUCCACAACCUGUAUGUUAGCCCCAAUGACAUAAUAACUGACGCUUUAAACACUUUGUAUCGUUUAUUCUAAAUAGCCACUAGGCCCCUGCAUGCGAUGCGCUGAUCCGGGCCCUGCCCUGGUGUAAUUUGCCGCCGGUGCCUUCCAUACGCGUGGCCCUGGUUGGAAUUCCCGGCCUUUCGUUUGUUGCACCGUCUGGAUCUGCCUGGCUACCCUCACUGCCAAUUGUGGGGGUUUUGCCCUCCUGGAAGCAGCAGUUCUCAGCUGUCCUGGACCAUUCAUUUUCGGGGAAACCAUUGGCAGACUUCUAUGCUGGCAUUUCAGGAGUCCCUCCCCAUGAGAGCAGAACCGAGGAAGAAAAAGAAGGUAGAUCCAAGAAGAGACCAAGCACAAAAGGACCGUAUGAAGAAAAAGAUUAAAAAGAUGGAAAAAGCUGCCCAGGAAAUGAUUCCCAUUGAGGAUUUUGUAACACCAUUCAAGUUUUUGGAUGCUUCACGAGUGCGAGAGAUCUCCCCACUGUCCUUUGAGGAGAAUGAAAGGCGAGCCCUGCUCCUGAAGAAAUGGGCCCUGUACAAGCAGAAAGAACAUGAGGCAGAGAUGGAAACACUGAAGUCUCUUAUGGCAGCUCAGCAGGAGGCACUAGAGGAACUGCGUCUCGAAUCAGAAGAACUUUACCAAGCAGCAAUAAGACGAGAUGAGGACCUGUUUCCCUUUGAGAAAGAGGGGCCUAGUUACACACCACAGGUUCCUGGCUAUGAGGCUCCUGAAGGGAAAUGCAUCGACAUUACCAAAGUGUACACACAGUGAGAUCGGAAGACUCUGCCAUGGAGCUGGCAGGAGAUGCUCAGUGCAUUAAAGGAUGACACAAUGGGAUGCGACUAGACUAUUUAUUUUGUUUUUUCAAACAUCCCUAUGCAGAUGUCUGUCAAAAGAAAAGAAAAACACCACCUGUCCUUGUUCCCUUUCUUUUUAUAACUGGCCAUCUUGACAAUAAAACUUCCAAUAAAAACAAAAUACUUUA